CAUCAUGUCAUAUUUAUAAAUCGGACUUCGAGAAAAGCGAACGCGUUUUUCGAUUUUUAAUUUAUUUUUAUGGUAGUCUUUUCUAAUAUGUCGCAGUGAUAGAACGGCCCUUUAAAAUGGGUUUGCGAAGCGCGUGCGCGAACAUUUUGACAUAGGCCAGUAGCUCAGCAUCUUUCAGUGUAGCUGUAGUCGUGCUGAAAACGCCCACGUUUCAUCGGUUCACGCGCGAAUAUUGAUAUACACAAGUAAAUCCUCGUACGAGUAUUUUUUUCUAAGCGCAAGCUGAGCGGGCGUGGUAACGCCUGCUGCGCCGCGACGAACAAACGCACAAACAUAUUCACCGCGGUGAACAACUUCUUCGCUGAUUCGCCGCUGGUGAAUCAGCUCAAAGGGAUCAUGACGAGACAAACGAACAGCAGCGGCGGUGAGCCGGGUCCCCCGGAUGAGGCUUCACGCCCAGACAGCAGAGGUCCACCAGCGCUGGCUCUCAGCCCUUCAGACAGCCAACAGCUGUCAGAGCAGAGCUCGCCAUCGAAGCCGCCGCGACAGGUGACCUUCCUGAAGCCGGCUGCCGACACCACCCUGGAUAGGAAGGCCUCCAUAGUUGACGAGACUUCGGGGAUUACCAGGACGCAGAUGAAAGAAUUCCGCGAGGCAUUCCGCUUGUUCGACAAAGAUGGUGACGGGACCAUCACGAAGGAAGAGUUGGGGCGCGUGAUGCGCAGCCUCGGCCAGUUCGCCAGGGUCGAGGAGUUGCAGGACAUGCUGCAGGAGGUCGAUAGCGAUGGCGACGGCAACGUGAGCUUCGAGGAAUUCGUGAGCAUCCUAUCGAAGUCCAUGUGCGGUGCUGGCGGUGGAACCAGCUCUGCUGAACAAGAAGAGAGGGAGCUCCGGGACGCGUUCCGGGUGUUCGACAAACAUAACCGGGGUUAUAUUUGCGCGUCGGACUUGAGGGCUGUGCUGCAGUGCUUGGGCGAAGACCUGUCGGAGGAGGAGAUCGAAGACAUGAUCAAAGAAGUCGACGCUGAUGGCGAUGGUCGCAUAGAUUUCCUAGAAUUCGUCCGCGCCCUCGGCGAGCCGGAGGACGCGUGUGAUGAUGAAGACGAGGACGACCCGACUGACGGACCUGACCUGCUGCUGCAGCGAACCGUCGCCGCCAACUGAACUACUGCACAGCAUCACGUAGCCAGGGUUAGGAGUACUGGAACAGUUUGACCUAAGUUAACAUUGGGAAGAUAUACAGUGACUUCUCUACACUACAUGGGAAGAUGACCGAAGAUUCGAAUACAAGAGUGUUAAAAUGUAUAUUACGGUUAUUCGGUUUUUGCGACUAGGUCAUGUAGGUAUUCGUACAACUAGCCCAUGAUCUUCAUCAAUAAACUUUGCGAGUAGGGUAGAGGAGAUAAGCUUAGUGAAGUUAAUAAUCCCACACAAUACAAAAGGAAACAGGGGUCUCACAUACAAGCCAUUACUUACACCUACGAUGGUUAUUAAAAGAAUAAAUUCAGCAGGCCGAAGAGAUAAGUAAAAUCCCCAUUUCAGACAGAACACGUGAUCUUCUGGUAGGCAGUUCUUUGCUACAUAAAAUGCCCAAAGUCUUGAUCAUAAGGUCAUCUGACCCUGGCUACGAUCCUAAGUGGACCGCUUUAUGCUAACGCUGGCUUUAAUUAUUUAUUACGUUGUACUAAAAUAUUAUUGUGAAUAUGGAGUUUGAACGCGCCUAUAAUAUUUUAAGCCGGUUUACACUAUUUGGCAUAAAACAAUCAGCAGCCUUUUAGGUUCUAUGAGACCCAUUGGGCCUCAUGCAGCACUCCGAUAUGAAAUCAUUGAAUAAUGUCAGGACAUAAGAUAGCUAAAUGUGGCUUGGCGGUUUUAGUUUACGAAAACAGAAAUUGAAGAAUAAUAAAGUAGUAUGGAAAUACCUUUGUAUAAAAUAAUUCCUUGAUAUAAUAUAAUUACAUACUAUAAUUAGGCCUACGAAAUACUCGCUAAAAUUGCAAUUUAUAUUUUUAAAUUAAUCCUCAACUUUUAUCUCAUUCAUACAGUAGAAGGACCCAUAUCAAUUAAAUAUAAAAACCUAGGUACAACGAAUUCUUCCCUAAGUCACUACGUCAUUAAAGUAAAAAAAAGUUACUUCUUCAAAUCAAUACCUAAAAACUGCUCAGAAGAGAAAAAACUAUUUUUUUCAAUCUCACCAACUCUUGCUCAAAUCAUUCAUAGAUAGGUUCGAAAUCUCUGUUUAAAAUGAAUCUCUAUAGUAGUACUUGUUAUAUUUUUAAAACGCCUUUGCAUUGUGAAGAAUAUAAUCUAUGUAAAGAGUCUACGUAGCUUGAAAAACAAAAUCCAUCGUCUUGCAAUAUCCAUAGAUGGCCUACCCGACCCGUGAUCAACACGGGAAAAUAUACAUAUAAACCAAACUCCAUAUAUAAAUAUAGUGAUUUUUCCAUAAAACACCAAUUUUUUAAUAAAUAAAUAAUGUAAAUAUUUUGUCGUUUUUACUAUCUUUCAGGUAAUUGUAAUAAUGAGUGAGAUAGUUGCAACGUAAUCGUACCUUGCUUGUGACUAUUGUAAGGAAAUUAGAACUAUUUACAUUUAGAAACUACCUUCUGGCUUAAUGUUUUUGCCUCUCAUAGAAAAUAAGGACGAAAGAAAAAUAGUGCUGGACAAGAUUCGUUGUAGAAAAAAUCUUAUAUUUCAAUUUUCGACCAAGGGCUCUUGGUAAGCUCAGGACCCUUCGCAACGCAUUGAGCGAGAAAAAGUUAAAAAUCCUUUUACCAACUUAGAAAAAUGUACAAGGUACCAAAUACAUACAUACGUACCUUAUACGAUUUUCGAUCUAUCGAAUUUGUCCAGCACUAUUCAUAUCUACAUUAUGUACUUAACUCAAUUAUUUUUUGUAAUAUCUUCUUAAAGAUUUUAUCAAUAAAAUAUCAACUAUUUAUACCUCAAACUUUUCAACAUAUCUAACAAGAAUUUAUAUAAUCAGAGCUUUUAUUUGUCUAAUAAAAUGCAUGAAUAUGAAUAGGUAUAAAAAUUAACUGAUAUUUCGCAAAAUAUUGAUGUUGUACAUUAAUAAUACAGAACCAAUAUACAAAGAAAAUCUUCUUGAA